AUGGAUUCCAGUGAAUUUUCACAAUCUUUGGACCCCCUGUCCUUGUCUGAAAAACCACUUAUUGGUGAUCUCCCUGCUGACAUGGAGUUUGGGGAAGAUCUCCUGGGCUCCCAAACAGCUUCUACCCAGGCUGCUUCAGUUCUUCAGCAACCUGACUGGGAUCAAUCCAAGCAAAUGAAUGCAGGUGGGGACUUAGACCUUCUAGUGAAAGCAGGCAGCCUGUCUGAACUAAACAAAUCAAACGACCUUGUUCUAGAUAAACCUGGUGUCUUGGAUGUGGUGGAGAAACCUGAUGUCUUAGAUGACUUGGAUAAAAAUGCUGACUUGGUGGAGCUAGAUAAAUCAGAGGGUCUGGAUGGGAUGUGUAAGGCGCAUCCUUCCCGGCACGUGGAGGAUGGACUGGUGGACUCCUCUGCUUUCUCUAGAGAAGCCCAUGUUUCAGAACCAUGGAAAGAAGGGGAAGAUGCACCAAAAAACUAUUCUGAGGACCUAAAAGAUGGUGCUGCUGCUAUCCCUGCACUGUCUGAUGACAACACCCCCGCAUCACCCCGAAAGCCUGUUCCUGACUCUGGGCACCUCAGCACUGCCCCAGCCAUGGAAGAAAUUGCGACACAAUCCUCAAGUCCACCAGUGGACCCCCCCCAACUCAAUCUUAAACAGACAAAGAAGACAAGGUUGAAGGUACCAAGGAAAAGCUCACCUGUGCAGAAGGAAGGGCUUGCAGGGGAAGCAGGGGUGGAAUUGAGCCUGGACAACAGUAGUGCAGCUUUGCCCCCUGAGCCCACAGAAGAAAACCAGACAGAAGAAGGGGAUGACAGUGGGAACAACUCUCUUGAAGAAAGUAGUUUACUGAAAGCACAGGAGGCUUCACCGCCAUCAG